GUACGCACGAACGUAGUUAUUAUAUAUCUAUAUAUAUACACACACCCACAAAAGGAACAGUGAGAUUUUCUUUUUUAUUUUCAGGCUUUUGAUUGUUAGGGUUUUUGGCUCCAUUAUUUUGCGCUUGGCUCCUCGGUACGUCAAUCGAAUACGCAGAUUAUUGUAGUUUGACUUUGUUUUUUUAUCGGCCUUUACUACAAUGGAGCGCAAGAUUAUUGAGCUGGACCAAGGGUGGGAGUACAUGGAGAAGGGCAUUACGAAGCUAAAGAGGAUUCUGGAAGGGUUGCCGGAGCCUCCGUUCAGCUCUGAGGAAUACAUGAUGCUCUACACAACAAUCUACAACAUGUGUACCCAGAAGCCCCCUCACGAUUACUCCCAACAGCUCUAUGACAAGUACCGUGAGGCGUUUGAGGAAUAUAUCACUUCGACGGUGCUGCCCUCUUUAAAAGAGAAGCAUGAUGAAUUUAUGUUGAGGGAGCUGGUGAGAAGAUGGUUAAACCACAAGGUUAUGGUGAGGUGGCUGUCACGCUUCUUUCACUAUCUUGAUCGGUAUUUCAUCGCGAGGAGGUCACUUCCCGCACUUAAUGAAGUUGGACUAGCUUGCUUCCGCGAUCUGGUUUACCAGGAGGUAAAAGCUAAUGCCAGAGAUGCUGUAAUUACUCUUAUUAAUAAAGAACGUGAAGGAGAGCAGAUUGACAGAGCACUGUUGAAGAAUGUUAUAGAUAUAUUUGUUGAAAUUGGAAUGGGUCAGAUGGAGCUUUAUGAACAAGAUUUUGAAGCACAGAUGCUCAACGACUCUGGUGCUUACUAUCAUAUUAAAGCAUCAACCUGGAUCUCAGGGGAUUCUUGUCCAGAAUACAUGUUGAAGGCUGAGGAGUGCUUGAAAAGGGAGAGGGACAGAGUUUGUCAUUAUCUGCAUAUAACCAGCGAACAGAAGUUGGUGGAGAAAGUGCAAGAUGAGUUGUUGGUGGUUAAUGGGACACAACUGCUCGAGAAGGAUCAGUCUGGAUGUCGUGCUUUGCUGAGAGAUGAUAAGGUGGAGGAUCUUUCUAGAAUGUAUAGACUUUACCAUAAAAUACCGAAGGGCUUGGAUCCUGUUUCUACUAUAUUCAAGCAGCAUGUUAUUGCUGAAGGUACAGCCCUGGUCCAACAGGCUGAUGAUGCUGCUAGUAGUCAGACUCCAAAUGGGGCUGGUGUGCAGGAACAGGUCCUCGUCAGAAAAAUAAUUGAGCUGCACGACAAGGAUAUGGCAUAUGUGGUUGAUUGCUUUUUGAACCACAGUUUGUUCCACAAGGCCCUGAAAGAGGCUUUUGAGGUAUUUUGCAACAAGACUGUUUCUGGCAGUUCAAGUGCAGAACUACUAGCUUCAUUUUGUGAUAACAUCCUCAAGAAGGGUGGGAGUGAAAAGUUGAGUGAUGAAGCCAUAGAAGAAACACUUGAGAAGGUAGUGAAGUUGCUCGCGUACAUUAGUGACAAAGACCUUUUUGCAGAAUUCUACCGGAAAAAGCUUGCUCGUCGGCUACUUUUUGAUCGAAGCGCUAACGAAGAACAUGAAAAGAGUAUACUAACCAAGCUGAAACAGCAGUGUGGUGCGCAAUUUACAUCAAAGAUGGAGGGGAUGGUGACGGAUUUGACACUGGCACGGGAAAACCAGAACAACUUUGAGGAUUAUCUUCGUAAUAACACGAAUGUAAAUCCUGGUAUUGAUUUGACAGUCACGGUUCUUACUACUGGAUUUUGGCCAAGUUAUAAAUCAUUUGAUCUCAGCCUCCCUCCGGAAAUGGUCAAGUGCGUAGAAGUUUUCAAAGGAUUCUAUGAAACAAAAACAAAACACAGAAAACUUACAUGGAUUUACUCAUUGGGCACUUGCAACAUUAAUGGCAAGUUUGAGUCAAAAACCAUUGAAUUGAUUGUGUCAACCUAUCAGGCUGCUGCCUUGCUGCUAUUUAAUAAUGCUGAUAGAUUGAGUUAUUCGGAGAUUAUGACUCAAUUGAACUUGACCCACGAUGACUUGGUUAGAUUGCUUCAUUCUCUGUCAUGUGCUAAGUAUAAGAUCCUGAAUAAGGAGCCAAACACAAAGACUAUCUUGCCAACAGACAACUUUGAGUUCAACUCCAAGUUCACAGAUAGAAUGAGGAGGAUUAAGAUACCGCUUCCACCAGUGGACGAGAGGAGGAAGGUAAUUGAAGAUGUUGACAAGGAUCGGCGAUAUGCUAUAGAUGCUGCAAUUGUGCGCAUUAUGAAAAGUCGGAAAGUAUUGGGUCACCAACAAUUGGUUAUGGAGUGUGUUGAGCAGUUGGGCCGCAUGUUUAAGCCCGAUAUUAAAGCAAUAAAGAAGAGGAUUGAAGAUUUAAUCACCCGUGACUAUCUGGAGAGAGACAAGGAAAACCCAAACGUGUUUAAGUACUUGGCAUGAUUGAACGUUGCAAAGCUGGAGCUGUUGAUGGUUUAAAAUCACAGUGGGUGGUGGUGUAGGCCCUUGGCAUGAACCUGUGAUGUGUUCUUGGAAAGGAGUAGGGGGCAUUAUACUCAAUUAUAAAUUUCUGUAAAUGCUUUUCGUUACAGCUUGCUGUGCCUUUUCUCUAGUAGUAUAUUAGGAAGCUAAAAUUCAGGAGCAGCGAAUUUUUGUGUACUACACCUUAAGGGCAAAUAUAUUUGUUGUGAUUAACGUAUAUAAUUACCCUUUCGGAGAAAAAAUUAAUAGGAAUGCCCAUUUUUAACGUCAUUAAACUCAA